GAAGUGACCAGGCGGCGGCAGCGGCGGCUCUGCUGAGGUGACAAUGUGCUAGGAGCCCCCGUUCGGUUUCCUGCGCCUUCUCGGCCUCGGCGCCUGCUCUCGCUGCGCUCACGGAGUCCUCGAGCCCGCCGCUGCGCUAUGAGGGCGCCUCUCUGGGGCUGGCCGAGGCCGGAGCCGGCUCGCUGUGCUCGCGGGGAAGUGUGAAGAGAGAGGCGCAGGCGGGAGCCGGGCUGUACGCGCGGUACUCGCGGGCCGGCCCGGGUUCAGAUGCAUUUUGUAGGAGUAUUUUGAGGAUGAAUGUUUGCAAAUCAUUUUGAAAUUGCCAAGUACCACAUACAUGGGAUGCAUUUUGCUUUUAUCGUGGAGUUCACCCCUGUGGCUUGGAUAUAUCACAGUAGCAUCUGUCUUCAGUCUAGUUUUUAACUAGAAAUCAAGGAAAGACAUGAGGAGGUUUGUUUACUGCAAGGUGGUUCUAGCCACUUCGCUGAUGUGGGUUCUCGUUGAUGUCUUCUUACUCCUGUACUUCAGCGAAUGUAACAAAUGUGAUGACAAGAAGGAGAGAUCCCUGCUACCUGCUCUCAGGGCUGUUAUUUCAAGAAAUCAAGAAGGGCCAGGAGAAAUGGGAAAGGCUGUGCUGAUUCCUAAAGAUGACCAGGAGAAGAUGAAAGAACUGUUUAAAAUCAAUCAGUUUAACCUUAUGGCCAGUGAUUUGAUUGCCCUUAACAGAAGUCUGCCGGAUGUAAGAUUAGAAGGAUGCAAGACAAAGGUCUACCCUGAUGAACUUCCAAACACAAGUGUAGUCAUUGUGUUUCAUAAUGAAGCUUGGAGCACUCUCCUUCGAACUGUUUACAGUGUUAUUAAUCGUUCCCCACACUAUUUACUUUCUGAGGUCAUCUUGGUAGAUGAUGCCAGUGAAAGAGAUUUUCUCAAGUUGACGUUAGAAAAUUAUGUGAAAAAUUUAGACGUGCCAGUAAAAAUUAUUAGAAUGGAAGAGCGGUCCGGGUUAAUACGUGCCCGCCUUCGAGGAGCAGCUGCUUCGAAAGGGCAGGUCAUAACCUUUCUUGAUGCGCACUGCGAAUGUACUCUAGGAUGGCUGGAGCCCUUGCUGGCCAGAAUAAAAGAAGACAGGAAAACAGUUGUAUGCCCUAUCAUUGAUGUGAUUAGUGAUGAUACCUUUGAAUAUAUGGCUGGGUCAGACAUGACUUAUGGGGGUUUUAACUGGAAACUCAAUUUUCGCUGGUAUCCUGUUCCCCAAAGAGAAAUGGAUAGGAGGAAAGGAGACAGAACAUUACCUGUCAGGACCCCAACUAUGGCUGGUGGCCUAUUUUCUAUUGACAGAAACUACUUUGAAGAGAUAGGAACUUACGAUGCAGGAAUGGAUAUCUGGGGUGGAGAGAAUCUUGAAAUGUCUUUUAGGAUUUGGCAAUGUGGAGGCUCGUUGGAGAUUGUGACUUGCUCCCAUGUGGGUCACGUUUUUCGGAAGGCAACUCCAUACACUUUUCCCGGUGGCACUGGUCAUGUCAUCAACAAGAACAACAGGAGACUGGCAGAAGUUUGGAUGGAUGAAUUUAAAGAUUUCUUCUAUAUCAUAUCCCCAGGUGUUGUCAAAGUGGAUUACGGAGAUGUGUCAGUCAGAAAAGCACUAAGAGAAAAUCUGAAGUGUAAGCCCUUUUCUUGGUACCUUGAAAACAUCUAUCCAGACUCCCAGAUCCCAAGACGUUAUUACUCACUUGGUGAGAUAAGAAAUGUUGAGACUAAUCAAUGUUUAGACAACAUGGGCCGCAAAGAAAAUGAAAAAGUGGGCAUAUUCAACUGUCAUGGUAUGGGAGGAAAUCAGGUGUUUUCUUACACUGCUGACAAAGAAAUCCGAACCGAUGACUUGUGCUUGGAUGUUUCUAGACUCAAUGGACCUGUAAUCAUGUUAAAAUGCCACCAUAUGAGAGGAAAUCAGUUAUGGGAAUAUGAUGCUGAGAGACUCACCUUGAGACAUGUUAACAGUAACCAGUGUCUUGAUGAACCUUCUGAAGAUGACAAAAUGGUGCCUACCAUGCAGGACUGUAGUGGAAGCAGAUCCCAACAGUGGCUGCUAAGAAACAUGACUUUGGGGGCCUGAAGACUGUUUCCCCCAAGCCAUUAAAGUGUCUACACUUUUGUUUUUCCAUUAUUUCAAUUAAGGAAAAGUGUUAACUUUGCUGAAUUGAAAGUUUUAAAAUCCUUUUAGUAUUCUAAAAUACAGUUGUUUAUAAUUCAUUUUUAGGAAAGUUUGCUUAUUUCCCUAUA